AUGCUGGGAGAACAAACACUCAUCAAGAAGGGUCAUAGGCAAAAUCAUCAAAUGACUGCCGUUCGUAAGAAUCCCCUUCGAAUCAACAACCCAAAAUCACCCUCAAUAAGAAGUCCUUUGGAAAUGGGCUCAGUUGAAUUGGGAGCAACAUCAACUUUAAAUAAUUCUAGUGGUAUUUCACCUACACACAAGAAACAUGCACUAGUUGUUAGUGGAAUAGAAGGAGGAUCAAGUCGCCCUAAUAGUUCCCUUCCAAUACCUCCAACUACUAACAAAAACUCUGUAACAUCCCUCAACAAAUUUACCUCACUUACACCCCCAGUUAACAAAACUCAUAGUUUAUUCUCAGAUGCUGAUAUUCAAUCAAGAAACAAUUCUAGACCAUCAUCUGCAACUUCUACAAAGGGAAGAAAAGUGAUAAAUGAGCUCGUUGGACUUCCAAACCUUGCUCAACAGGUAUCUUCAAUAGUUGAACCCAACAUCAUGUCUCCCACAAAUGCUGACAGAGAAUCUAUAACAACAACAAGAAACUUGAGAUCAAGUUUUGGUGCUAGCAGACCUCCAUCUGCUAAAUUAGGUAUUUCUAACACUCACGUGGCUUCCACAUCAACAAUUUCGCCCGCACACCAUAACCAACCUUCAACUACAACAUUCCAAACCUCUACUAAUAAUAUUAAUACUUCUCAGACAAUCAAUAAUACUAAUAAUAAUAGCCACCUUAAUGAGGAAAAGUUACCUCACGUAAGACCAACCUCAGUUAAGAAGAGUACCUUCACUGAAUCAACAACGACAAAUAAUCACCACCCAACGACAAAUCAUGCUUCUUCUACAGCAGCUCUCCACGAAAUACCUUCCCAAAUCACCACCCAGCAAACAACUACGAGAUCAUCUAGUCUUAAAUCCGACUCAUCCCCUGUUAUUACUCCUUCCACACCAGAAUCAUCAUCACUUUCCUACUUUAAAAUUAAAAAAGUUCAAAGAGGCAAAGGUGUCAACGACAAAAAACCACUAAAAGUUCCAAUCGUACCAAAGACAAGAGAACUUAAACUUGAGAAUGGUGGAUUUUUGAACGAUCUUCAAGCUACUACUCUAACUAAUGAAAAGGAUGAAGAGGAUGACUUACAAAUUCUAACAAAGAACAUUGCUCAUCACCGUAAUAGCAAUCAGCACCUAAUUGAGGAAUCACCUGUUACUCCAAUAACACCAAAUUCACCUGAGCUUUCCUUUACCCCUGUAAUUGAGAAUAGGAAAAAACCACUCAAAUUUACUGAUAGAGACAUUUCGAGAAUUAAUGACUAUACAGAGUUAACACCACCUCCACAAAAUAACAAUAAGGAUAGAAUACCAACACCGGUGCUCAAGGUUCAAGAGGAUGAGGAUACACCCAAGGAUAUACCAGAAGAACAAGAGUCUCCAGAGGCAACUCGAGAGACAAUGAGACAACUCAAGUUGUUAGAAAUCUUCCCUAAUGGACUUGAUUCACAAAAUAAGAAGAUUAAGUAUCAACAACAUAAUGAUAUGGACAUGUCAUAUAAGGAAGUUAUUUCUGAAUUGAAAGUUUUAACUAGUAGAGUUUCAAUGCUGAGGAGGAAUGAACAAGGAAGAAAAAACAGCUUUAAAAAUGUUUACAAUUUCCAAAAUGAUUCACUAGCAAUGGAUGAUAUCAAUAAUGUGGAAAUUGAAAAGAUGGAAAAGAGAAUGAGAAGGUUGAAUUAUUACCGAAAGAUUAUGACUGCAGGUCUUGCUGGAUGGAAGGAAUAUAAAACUGAAAGGGAUUCAUAUGUUGCUUUGAGGAGAAGCAGCCUAGUUGAAGAACAAGGUUUUGAUGAAAUGAGCAAGGAGGAUGAAGUUGUUGAAAUCCGAAGAUUCGACGAUGAAUACAGAAGAUUUAAGCAGAGACUCAACCCAGAAAUUUCUACCAAAGUGGCUAAGGCUAUUGAACAAGUGGAUCCACAGUCAGCUGCUAUGAGUAUUUUGGAAAAUAUGGUACUCAGUAAAUCAGAAAAGAUAAAGACUGAAGAAGAUAAACAAUUACAAAAGGAAAAGCUCACAGCAGAAAUUAUUCGAUGGAAGAGCAGAUGGUCACCCUUCGGAACACCUAGCAUGUCAAGAACGACGUCUAUUCUUUCAUCUCUCGAAGGAAAAAGUGAGAGCAUUGAUAUUGCAGAUGCCGAUGAGGUAUUUGAUGUGGAAGAUGUCUCAUAUGAGGAAAAGGAGGAAGCUCAAUCAGAAGAUGAUGAAUCAGACGAUGAGGGCGAUUUUGAAAUCAUUAUUUUGAAUGACUUGCAAACUGAAGAUGAUGGAUUCUUCCUCACUUCAACCAUGAAUGAAAAUGAAGAAACUGAGGAAAAGAUGUUAAAUCAAGUAGAUCCAAGAAAACUACUGAAAGCCAUCGUUGCAGCCUCAAGAAAACCAGUUUCCAAAGCACAAAGCAAGGCCUAA